CUGUUGAGAAGACCUGACACCUCCCCAGCUAACUCUGCUUCCGCGGUUCGCUCUGGUGCCCCCGACCUGCGCCCUCUCCGCGCUCCGGGGCCGCAGCGACAAAGAAGAAAGAAAAUAGACUGAAGUUUUGAGCUUCGGAAGAAACGAGGUUGCCUUAUUUUAUCUCUGUGAGGCUUUUACCAUUUACACGUAUUCCCUGGCUUCUCUAAUUUUCUGCCGCUGAAUCCAAUUAAGACUCUAACUGCUACAAAUAAGUAACCUCUGUGUUAACGUGUCGGCUCUAAGACCAUGCCAAAUACCUCAGAUAGACUCUCCUGAUUGUCCUCUUAAACUGAAACAGCAUGUUCGGCGCCGGCACUGCCAGAGAUGGUAAAUCCUGAGAUAGUUUUAAGUGGCUGCAACUCUCACGAAGAGGAAAAUCGCUGCAGUUUUAACCAGCAUACUUCUGUCUCUGAGGAGCUUCUGUUAGAAGACCAGAUGAGGCGGAAACUCAAAUUUUUUUUCAUGAAUCCUUGUGAGAAGUUCUGGGCUCGAGGUAGAAAACCAUGGAAACUCGCCAUACAAAUUCUAAAAAUUAUAAUGGUGACUAUCCAGCUGGUCUUAUUUGGGCUAAGUAACCAGAUGGUGGUAGCUUUCAAGGAAGAAAACACUAUAGCAUUCAAACACCUCUUCCUGAAAGGAUAUAUGGACCGAAUGGACGACACUUACGCAGUAUACACACAAAGAGAUGUGUACGAUCAGAUCAUCUUUGCAGUGAAUCAGUACUUGCAGCUGCGCAACAUCUCAGUUGGGAAUCAUGCUUAUGAGAAUAAAGGUACCGAGCAAUCUGCCAUGGCAAUCUGUCAGCGCUUCUACAAACAAGGAACCAUCUGUCCUGGAAAUGACACCUUUGACAUUGAUCCAGAAAUUGAAACUGAGUGCUUCUUUGUAGAGCCAGAUGAGCCUUUUCACGUUGGAACACGAGAAGAAAAUAAACUCAACUUAACGCUAGACUUCCACAGACUCCUAACAGUGGAGCUUCAAUUUAAACUGAAGGCCAUUAAUCUGCAGACAGUUCGUCACCACGAGCUCCCCGACUGUUACGACUUUACUCUAACUAUAACAUUUGACAACAAGGCCCAUAGUGGAAGAAUUAAAAUAAGUUUAGAUAAUGACAUUGCCAUCAGAGAAUGUAAAGACUGGCAUGUAUCUGGAUCAAUUCAGAAGAACACUCACUACAUGAUGAUCUUUGAUGCCUUUGUCAUCCUGACGUGCUUGGCUUCGCUAAUCCUCUGUGUUCGGUCUGUUAUUAGAGGACUUCAGCUUCAGCAGGAAUUUGUCAAUUUUUUCCUCCUUCAUUAUAAGAAGGAAGUUUCUGUUUCUGAUCAAAUGGAAUUUGUCAAUGGAUGGUACAUUAUGAUUAUUAUUAGUGAUAUAUUGACAAUCAUUGGAUCAAUUCUGAAAAUGGAAAUCCAAGCUAAGAGUCUGACAAGUUAUGAUGUCUGUAGCAUACUUCUUGGAACUUCUACCAUGCUUGUGUGGCUUGGAGUCAUCCGAUACCUGGGGUUUUUUCAGAAGUACAAUCUCCUUAUUCUGACCCUUCAGGCAGCACUGCCCAGUGUCAUCAGGUUCUGCUGCUGUGCGGCUAUGAUUUAUUUAGGCUAUUGCUUCUGUGGAUGGAUUGUGCUGGGCCCUUACCAUGAUAAGUUCCGUUCUCUGAACGUGGUCUCCGAGUGCCUUUUCUCUCUGAUAAAUGGAGAUGACAUGUUUGCCACAUUUGCAAAAAUGCAGCAAAAAAGUUACUUGGUCUGGCUCUUCAGCAGAAUAUACCUCUACACAUUCAUCAGUCUCUUUAUAUACAUGAUUUUAAGCCUCUUCAUUGCACUAAUUACUGACACAUAUGAAACAAUUAAGCAUUACCAACAAAAUGGCUUCCCAGAGACUGAACUUCGUACCUUUAUAUCAGAGUGCAAAGAUCUACCCAACUCUGGAAAAUACAGAGUAAACGGUGACCCUCCAGUAUCUCUAUUCUGCUGCUGUAAAAAGUAGCUAUCAAGCUUAUCUGUACUCUAAAGGAAAGUAUAAUGUGUAGCUGAAUUGGGAGACUGUAUGGAUAUUUUAAAAUCAGAUGCAGUAUAUUCAAAGACCAGCUAUUAUUUUGAGCUAACAGAUAUCUAUAUUUCACCUAGAACUGUAUUUAUAUUUUAAAAAGUGGUUUUAACAUCCUUUGCAUCUUUAUGCUGUUUGUUUAAAAAUUUUUGAUGAGGGGAGCUAUUCUUGUUGAUUCUUGUUAUAGCUUGUCUCUUUUUGCUGAUUUUGUUAUAGCUUUAGGACGUGUUCUUUGUGCCCCCUUGGCUCUAGCUCUUACACUUUUGAUCCCAGCUAUUCUUUGGACUGUUGAUUAUAUCAACAGUGGAAAACAAUCCCUGGUCUGACAGUAACUUCAGACAACUCACUGACCCUGAGAAAGUGGAGAUGGUUGCUGUAUAUCUACCCAACAUUGCAUUUAAAAAUCUUGUCUUGAAGGACAGAGUAAGAAAAAAAAAAAAAAAAAAAUCACUAACUUGUUGACCAGUUGUUGAACUGCUGUUUAGUUCUGCUCUUAGUUCUGGAGAGACAGCCCUGGUGACGCAGUGGUUAAGAGCUCAGCUGCUAACCAAAAAGUCGGCAGUUCAAAUCCACUAACUGCUCCUUAGAAACCCUAUGGGGCAGUUCUACUCUGUCCUAUAGGAUCAUUGUGAGUUGGAAUCAACCAGACGGCAAAGGGUUUAGUUCUGGAGAGGAUCAGUCUUUCUGGUAUUCAUUUACAAAUGUUUUCUUUCUUCCUUCAGUGUUAAAGUAUAAAGUUGAAAGAGUAUCUUAUGGAUGUAUGAAAACUGAACCACAAUACCAAAUGCAUGUUCAAUGCAACGAUGAUCAUUUUAUUAGUACUUCUGUAGCUCUGUGAAAACUAUGGGAUGUACUAUACCUUGUUUUGGUGUCCGGAGCUGUAGUUUUAUGAGGAGAAGUUCUCUAGCUCACAUUAAAAAUAUUUGGGAAAAUAAUUGUGUUCAAAGUUUAAAAAUAAGUGGGCAAUCUGUGCCUUAAAAAGAUACAGAAACAAUGUUCUUAGUCUCCCCUGCUAGUAGGCCGCUGAAUGGAAGUUGCAGGGAUCUUCACAGUAUGAAUCUUUGCGCUGUGUACUAUUUAUUAAAAUAGAAACAAUUCAAUAAUGUGCAAUAAAAGUAGCCUCAACACAAACUCUUUUUUGGAAAGAAAUUGAUUUAAAAAAAAAAUAAUUUCUGGUUUUGUUUUAAGGGCUAAAUGAAGAUAAACUUGAGACACUGAAAUCGUACUGAUUAAUCAUAAUAGUGAUCACAAUAAUGACUUUACGUGUUGAAAUCUGAGGUUUUGCAAUGCGUAUAAGUUAUUUUUUGUAGUACCUGUGGCUUUUAAAGGAGCCCUGGUAGUGUAGUGGUUAAGAGCUGGACUGCUAACCAAAAGGUCAGCAGUUCGAAUUCAACAGCCGCUCCUUGGAAACCCUGUGGGACACUUCUACUCUGUCCUAUAGGGUCGCUAUGAGUUGGAAUCGACUCAACAGCCAUCAGGUUUGGGGUUAGUGCUUUUAAAAAAUGAAAGUAAAUAAAUAAACAACUAAGUUAGUCUUUUUCUGGCUUAGUUCUAACAUUGUAUCACAGUCAUUUUUAGAACUGACUAUAAUACAAUGUGAAUUUUGAAAUUCUGUUUAUUACCUGAAGAAUCCUUUUCUUUUCUCCUUGUGAGAUUUUUAGACUAGCCACAAUACUUCAAUGGAAACGUGAAACCACUGACCCAGUGUUUGGCCAGGGUUUUGCUCUGCACUGAGGUCAUUAUAUUUCUGCUGUGGAAUUCUAGCCACUGGCAUGGCACCUUCAUGUCUCUCUCCUGAUAGUCAAGCUUCCUUAUUGUAGCAGGAGUCCGAUAAGUUCCGUGAUCUAAUUUUUAGUAAUGAUGUCCACAAGAGAAUAACUCUAUUGUAAUUUCCUGAAAGUGACACCACUAACUUUUUUUAACUGUCCCUAAACCUGUACAAUGGCUUCAUCUGGGUAGGCAGAUAAAUUAUGAGCCUGUCAUUUUAGUGCUCCCUGGUAGCAUAGUGGUUAAGAUCUACAGCUGCUCACCAAAAAGUUGGCAGUUCAAAUCCACCAGGUGCUCUUUAGAAACCCUAUGGGGCAGUUCUACUCUGUGCUAUAGGUCACUAUGAGUUGGAAUCGACUCCAUGGCAAUGGGUUUUUUUUUUUUUUUUUUGCAUGUACAUAAAGAAUAUCAGGGUAAUUGUAAGAAGGAAUAGAGAAUAGAAGUCAUUUCUUCUCCCAGGAUACACUGGCUUCUGUCUAGGAGAGCAAAGAGGAGAUCAGGAAUAGAAUUUUAUUGGUGGCGCUGAUUUAUCUGGAGGUCAGAUUUUCUGUGCCCACUCCACCCUCAAUGACUCUCAAGCUUGUGGGCAUAAGAAUCAGUGGGGGAUCUGUUAAACGUGCAGGUUUCCAGAUAAUACCACCAGAGAUUCUUAUUUGUCAAGUUUUAGGAGGGGCCAGGAAUCUGCAUUUUUAGCAGGCACACAGAGUGACUGAUGCAAGUGGCCAGGAACAGAUAGAUCCCUUUUGGGGGGCUUCAAAUUAGAGACUUUUCAUUAAGCUCAGGGUUCAGACUGGCCUUCUCUUUCUGAUCACAUUAGUCAAGAGAGAAACCCCAGGUAAGUGGGCUUAUAGGCAUCAACAUGGACAUUUUAGGAUUUGUGUUGUCUGUUAUAAUUAUUUUUAGGGGAACUUUGAGUUCUGCUGGUGCCACAUUAUUUUAAAGAAUUCAUACGUUUUAUCACUUCAAUAAAGCUUUAAAAUACCUAAUACAUAUAUUGAUUUUUCAUCUUUUUUUUAAGCAUACCAUUUUUAAAUUAAAUUAAUACAUUCAAACAGAAAUUAUAUUAGUUUCCUACUGAAGCUGUAACAAGUUAUCCCAAAUUUACUGGCUUAAAACAACACAAAUUUAUUUUCUUAUACUUCUGGAGGUCCGAAGCCAAAAUGAGUCUUAUAAGGCUAAACUUAGGGUAUGAGCAGGGCUGUUUUUUUCUGAAGACUCCAAGAGAAAAUCCAUUUCUUAACUCUUCCAGCUAGAGAGAGGGUGCCAGCAUUCCUUGGCUGUGGCCACAUCACUCCAAUCUCUUAUUUCCAUCAUCACAUUGCCCUGUCCUCUCUGCUCUCCUGCCUCCAUUUUAUAGUAACUCUUGUGAUUACAUUGGACUCACCCAGAUAAUCCAGGAUAAUCUCCCAUCUCAAGAUCCUUAAUUUAAUCACAUCUGUAAAGUCCCUUUUACCAUGUAAGGUAACACAUUCACAGGUCCAGGGAUUAAUAUGGGGGCAUCUUUGGGAGGCCAUUAUUUACCCUAUCACAGAGAUUUUAAUGACCCAAGGAAUAUUGGUAAUGACAUUUUAUAAUGAGUAGGUUUCAUGGUAUAAUUAAAUAAUUAUAUGGUAAAAUAAAUAGUUACCACUCAUUGAACACUUUGAAUCUUGAGCAGUUCUACUCUGUCAUAUAGGAUCCCUAGGAGUUGGAGUCAACUUGAUGGUACACAACUACAUUGUAUACGCACAUUCAGAUUUACUAGGAGAUGUGAAAAAAUGUGAAAUUUUUCCAAAGGAGAUGCCAAAUUAAGCUUCUGUCAGCUGUUUCUGAGAGUUUCAUUGUUUUUACAACCUUGCAAGUGUUUGAUAUUAUCAGACUUUUCAAAUGUUAGCCAAUCCGAUAGGUAACACAUUGUAAUUCUAAUGUACAUUUCCCUGAUUUCUAAGCUGCUUAGUGUCUUUUUAUUUACUUAUUGGCCAUUGAAGUUCUCUUGAGUAAUGUGCUUAUUCAGUAUCUUUGUCCAUUUUUCCAUUGAAUUGUCUUUUUCUUAGAGAGUUACAGAAGUCCUUUACACAUUUUGGGUAUUACUCCUCUGUCAGUUACAUGUCCCACAAAUAUCUUCUCUCAGAUUGUGCAGUUUUUACUCUCUUUAUGGUGGUUUUUGAUGCAUAAGAUUCUUAAUUUUAAUGUAGUCUUAUUAAUAUUUUCCUUUAAGUUUUGUGAUUUUUGUCCUUGUUUAAGAAACCCUCCCCAACCCUGAGGUCAUGAAGACUUCCUUUUUUGAUAUUUCUAAGAAGUUUAUAGUUGCCUUCACAUUUAGUUUUUUUAAUCUACAUAGGAUUUAAUUUUGUGUACAGUGUGAGGUAGGUGCCUAAUUUAAUGUUUUGUAUUACUACCAUUUAUUAAAGAGUCCAUCCUUUCCCUACCUACAUGCAUGACUAUCUUUAUUUUAGUAAAGGUCUGUAUAAGUAUAUGUCUGUUUCUGGGCUAUCUAUUGUAUGUUGCUGCACUGAUACUAUAUUAAUUACUAUAGACAUAAUAUACCUUUUUAUCUGAUAGGGAAAAUUCCUCUACCUUGUCAUUUGUUUUUCUUUACGAGUAACUUAACAAUUCUUGGUCCUUAGCAUUUCUAUACAUAUUUUAGAAUCAUCUUAUUAAGCUGAUUUAAAAAAAAAAAAAAAAAAAAGCCUGGUAACAUUUUGAUUGCAAUGCCUUGAAUCUGUAGGUCAAUUUAGGGACAACUGGCAUCUUUACAAUACUGAUUCUUCCAAUUCAUAAACAUGGAAGAUGUCUCCCUUUAUUUAGUCAUAUUCAAUGCCUUUUAAUAAAGUGUUACAAUUAUCUCCAGUAAGUCUUUUUAGAUGUAUUCCUUUUUAAAAAAAUUUAUUUGCCAACUCAUUUUUGCUGAUAUAUGGAAGUGCAACAGACUUUAUAUAUUGAUUUUGUGUCCAGCUGUUUUGCAAAAUUAAACUAUCCUGUUGAUUGUAAUAAUUUACCUGUCGAUUUCUUUGAAUUUUUAUGUAUAUAAUCAACACCUGCACAUAAUGACAAAAUUUCUGAUUUUUUAUAAGAAAGUAGACAAGCUCAUUACCAAUGAAGUGGGGAAGUAUAUUUUGCUUAUAGUGGAAAGAACUGCUGAAUUACAUGGCAAAUGGUAUGGGUGUAUAAUUUUAUAAGGGGAAUGAAUGAAGAGUUCUGAAACAAUAAUCCAAUCUAUUAUGACAAUUAUCUGGUUACUUUUAAGAUCUCCUCUUUGUCUUUUGUAUUUUCUCAUUUCAUUAUGAGGAGUCCAAGUGUAGUUUUUGUUGCUGUUGUUCUUGUUGUUAAUCUUGCUCUGGGUUUGUUGGAACCCUUCAAUCUGAGGAUUACUUUUCAUCAGUUCUGGAAAAUUCUCAGCUGUUAUCUCUUCAAAUAUUGUCUAUGCCCCAUUCCCUCUUUAGUCUUUUAGUGAGACUCUGAUUAGACAAAUUUUUCACUUUAUUCUCCAUGUAUCUUAAUGGUUUUCCAUAUUUCCCAUCACUUUGCCUCUCUGUGCUGCUACAGAUUGUUAAGUACUAUGGAGGAAAAUACUGGGAGGAACAGGGAGAAGGGAGUAUUGGGGAGUGUCUUAGGUCUGGUUUUCUAGAGAAGCAGAACCAGUGAAACAUAUAUAUGUAAAUAUAGAGAGAGAUUUAAUUCAAGGAAAUGGCUCAUGCAGUUAUGGCAGCCAGCAAAUCCCCAAAUCGAUGGGUCAGGUGUCCGGCUGGAGGCUUCUCCUGACUCACCUGACUGCAGGGGCUGAUGAACGCAAAAUCUACAGGUCAGGUGGCAGGCUGCUGUCUCACA